CAAAUUUGUUUUAGAUUUCUGUUUUAAAAUAUGCUCCUUAUUUUCUCUAAACACCUUCAAAUAUACCAGAAAUACUGAGCUAAACCUAUAUUACUGUGUUUUAUGCUAUCAUAUUGUUGUUGGUUGUCCCAGUUUUCUUUUGAGACGGUCAAUUUACUUUUGACAGACGGUGCGAUACACAUUUCCGGUUUACAUCUGACGUGUUGUCAAACCAAUGGAGAGAGAGAAAAGGCUUCAAACGUCAAAUUUGAGGUCAUUGAAAAGGAAACGUCGGUUGCUUACGUGUCUGCGAAGGAUCAGCAGAAUAACAAUGAUUAUUUCGUUUAUACUUUUGUUUACACUAUAUUUCAAGUCAGGAAAUAGCUUUCAUGAGAAACAGAUUACACAGCCUGCAAGUUUACCACACAAAUUCUUUCCAUCACAUAGUCGUGUUGCAGAUUACCCAUUUGGAAAUCUUCAGCCAGUUAUCAAGCUUCUGGGUGAUGAAGAAUUGAUUUUUGUAAUGUACUAUGCACCAUGGUGUGCCCAGUCUGUACGUGUGAGAGGAGAAUUUAUGAGAGCUGCUAAAGUUUUGUAUAAUUCAGUGAAGUUUGCCGCUAUAAAUUGUUGGUUUCCUGAGGGAGAAUGUAGACAACGAAUGAAAUUUUACUCCUAUCCUGAGCUCUUUAUUUACCAUUCAGGAGUAUCGGAUGGAUAUAGAUUCACUGGUAUAAAAGAAGCAGAGUAUUUUGUGAAGUUUGCAGAAAGCUUCCUUUUCCCUCUGAAGUCACUGACAACAGAGCGGCAAAUAACAGAAUUUAUUGCUCAGAAUGAUAAUACAGUGAUCGGCUAUUUUGAUUUUAACUCCUCCCCACAACCACCAGGACCUGGUUUUCACCAGUUCUACCUGACAGCUAUAAGAAUAAUAGCAUAUGAUUUCUACCAGCCUGUAAAAUUUGGAGUUGUAACCUCACAGUCUCUUGCAAGAAGUUUAAACAUGUCAUCACCAAACCAAUUUAUACUGACAAGAGUAGGAAAUACUACUUUGAAAUAUCCUGUGUUUUACAACAUUACUGCCAAAAACAUGACUGCUUGGAUUCUACAUUAUAGACAAAAGAAUAUAGCCCCCUGGCUUGUACCUCCAGGGGUGAAGAGUCUCACUCUGUCCCUGCACAUGCAGAAAGGUCCCGCUGUAUUUAUAUUUGCUCCAACCAAUCCUCUCAUCGGCAUAAAUCCGUAUCGUGAUAUGGUUCAUUUAGCUAGCUAUGCAUUUAGAAGUUGUGGAAAUCAUACCAUGUAUUAUCAGGAUAUGAUACGUACAUAUAUUCAGAGUUCAGUUGUUCAAAAUCAAUAUGCUCUAGAAUACAAUAAAAAGUGCCUUGAAAAGAAAUCCAGCGUUUAUCAAAGUGACUUGUCUUCCAGCAACAGGAAGUGUUGUGUUAGUUUAUUGACUGGUUCUAAAAAGGCCAGUCAAAACUCAGUGUGUGAAUAUUGUAUUCAGAAAAAUAUUUUUGACAGUGACACAGUCUGUGAUAUUGGAUUCAAAUCAGAAGCAGACUCUUUCUGGUCACCAACAUUAGAGAAUUCCUGCUCAGAUUUUUAUCAAUAUUACAAUGUAAAUGAGCACCAUUCUGUGUGCUGUAGAAAAGGUGUGACUGGUUUACCUAAUUUACAUAUCAAAAAAGUGUCCGGAAAAGUUAGACGGAACACUGAUCCGUUUGUUAUAAAUGGUGAAAAUAUUCUUCAUCAACAAUAUUUGAAUAAAUUGACGUUGCAAAAGAUGAAGCAUCUUCCUAAACUUGAAGAAAUGGCAGAGAUGAGGACUUUGUUUAGUGAUAUACUUAAUGGAAAUAUAACUGGUCUUGAAUGUAUGACUAAUAAAACCAUAGAUUUUUACUACGUAGAUAGUGUGUACCAUUCUGUGUUCUUGGAACAAUUAAAUAUACCAAGUUCGCCAAAGAAAGCAUCUGUGAUACUCGUAGAUUUAAAAGAUGAAACACUGUAUUUGCUCAGGGAAAAAUUAAGCUAUAGAAAUCUUGGCCAUUUUGUGAAGAACUACACAGAAGGUGUGCUAAGUCCCUACAGGAAGUCUACAGAAGUUACCACCUCCAGUGAAUGUAGCAAGUCAAACAGUGUGUGUAUUACAGAAGUAACAGCCAGUACAUUCCAGGAAGUGGUUAUGAGAAAAAAUAAAGAUGUGUUAUUGAUGUUCUACAGUCAUAUAUGUGGAUUUUGUUCUCAGAUGUCUAAAGUGUUCCUUACUACUGCUCAAUAUUUCAAAGGUGCCAAGGAUUUGGUGUUUUCCAGAAUAAAUGGUGACACCAAUGACCUUCCAUGGGAAUAUACAGUAGAUAGAUAUCCUACACUAAUCUUCUUUCCAGCCUACAGGAAAUCUGACAGUAUUCAGUAUCCAGACAAUGUUGCUAAAACAGUUCCAAAUCUGAUAAAGUUCCUCCUUUACCAUGCAAACAUAAGUCUUCAAAUAGAUACAGCAGUUAGCACAUGCUCAGAACAGUGUGUAAAGAAAAAUAUUGACCUCAUUUUAAAUAAAAUCUCAGAAUUAGAGAACACCGUUGGACAAUUGGAAAGAAGGGCCACAACUCUGCUGUCACAGAAAUUUGAGAAUCAGAAGCAAUGGGAGUAUACAAAAAUGGCUUUCCAGGCCCUGAGGAGAGCCCAGGACAUUAAAAACUUUAAACUACGCAAGGCACAGAUGUUAAAUCAUUUCUUACAGAAUGAAUUGAAGAGGUUAGAUAAAGGUGUAUUUUUAGAGUUCAUGGCAAGACAUGUUGGACUAUAAGAAUAAGUUAGUUUUUUUUUUUUACACAAUGUCAUAUACAAUGUUUAACACAAUCAAUUGUUCAUGUUUGCCCUAUGCAUUUAAUUUUGUCCUUUGAAAAUGCAAAAAUAAGGAAUCUUUGAAUGUUUAUUGUUAUGCAAUGGGAAAUGGUUGUUGCUGUUUGUAUUACUGAUUUUUUGAGUUUUAUUUUUUACCUUAAAAUAAUUUUUCAAAUCAUUACCUAAUUCAUAAUUUUUGUGACUAGUUUGUUUUCUAAUUGUUAAAACUAGGGUUCACACAGACAUUCCCCUAGGGUAAAUCCAACUAAUGAGUUGUUAUGAAUACCAGGAUACCUACAGGCAUGAUAGAUAUCCCAUUUACAGUAAAACAUUAGAAUUUACUAAUUUGUCCAUUGACAUCUUGGCCAGUAUAAACCAAAAUAUAAAAAUUCAGUCAGAUUAAGGCUGCACUGUAUAUGCUCAUUACACCAUUUUUGUUGUGUUUGGCAAUAAAUUUUACUUGAAAUAUAGCCACUCCUUUUUACCAAACUAAAUGUCAUGACUUUGUUCUUAUAAAAAGACAGAUUUUCUUGACCAUGGCAUAGACAUUAUGUCUGGAGUCCUCUUUCUUCUGUCUCUUGUGAAAUGAAAUGAGCCGUGCCAUGAGAAAACCAACAUAGUGGCUUUGCGACCA